UGGCGCAGCCAUGACAAGCGUACAAAGGCUUCCGUAGUGUUUCAAGAUGAACCCGGUGCAUGUAAGCCCAAGGAAAAAAUGAGCUACACCCACAUCUGGGCUGACGUUUGUCCGGUGCGCCAAGCCAUCUCGUCUUUUCCGAGGAUCCGAUUCCUGCUUUCUUCAUCAUCUUCUCCGGUCCUGAACUACGAGCAGAGAGAGAGAGAGAGAGAGACAUGGAGAAGAGUGGAGUGAGAGGACUGGUACUGGAUGAUUCGGUCCUCGUCGCCGCCGGAGAAGCCGGUUCCGCUACGCAGCCGCGACCGGGAGCUGAAUCUCUUCUCCGCCACCUCCGGCACUCCGGAAUCCCUACGAGAAUCGCAUGCGGAGAGGAUCUUCCAGCUGAGAAGCUUUGUCUUCUGAAAAAGAUGGCAGCUUCAUACUCCUUUGAGUGUUUUGCCUUGGAUGUAGCUUCCACGGAACUCGGGGGAGCCUUCAAUGAUGGUGAAGGGUGUGUUAUAUAUGUCAUCUCCAGCAGUAAGAAGGAUGUCUGCACGAGCCUCAAUCAUUGCAACUUAUUGACCAUAGUUCUGUUAGAUAUUCACGGCGAGUCUCAGAGUCCAAGUUUGCUCUACAUCAAUACCCUCGGGGAACUACCUCUGACCCUUUGCAACUUGAUUAAACAAGUAGCUGGCAGUAAUCUACUAAAAGUUGGCUAUAUUAUGAAGCCCUCUCGUGCAGAAGAUUUUGCCAAGAGGGGGGCAUUCCCAAUGUAUCCUACUCAAAAUGGACAAAUAUUUGUUCCUCUCAGUUUUGACCUCCCGUUGGUUUCUCAACUACAAGAGGUUGACGUAGUUCUUCAUAAAGCCACUGAUGAAAUUAUAUCCGUUGACUUGAGUAACUCUUCACAAAUAAGCAAAAUUACUUACAGCAGAGGUAUACAGGAAUUGAAAAGGUACGCGGAAGAUCAUCCUGAGUGUUGCAUCAUCGAUCCAUUUGACAAUGUUUCCCCUGUACUGGAUCGUUUAGAAAUUCAACAAAUUUUGCGUGGACUAGAGGAUCUCAACACAGAAGGUCACUGCAAAAUAAGGGGCCCCUAUUUUCUCAAGGUUGAUGACUUUAAUGAGCAAGGAUUAGUGCCACAUCUUUCAGAAGCAAAAUUAUCUCUUCCUUUCAUUGUGAAGCCCCAAGUUGCCUGUGGUGUAGCUGAUUCUCAUAGUAUGGCAAUUGUAUUUAGGAAUGAAGACAUCAAGGAAUUGAAAGUCCCUCUCCCUGCAAUUAUUCAGGAAUAUGUUGAUCAUUCAUCUACUUUAUAUAAAUUCUAUGUCCUUGGGGAGAGAAUCUUCCAUGCAGUGAAGAGAUCGAUACCAAAUGCACCUGUGCUUAUGAAAUUAUCUGAAAGCAACGGUCUGAAACCUUUAGCUUUUGACAGCCUAAAAUCUCUACCUACUGCCACGGGGGAUAAUGGAGACUUUAUGGCUAAUGCUCGGACUCUUGAUCUUGAUCUGGUCAAUACUGCUGCGAAGUGGCUGAUGGGCAAACUUAAACUUACUAUCUUUGGCUUUGAUGUUGUUGUUGAGGAAAGAGGCGGAGAUCAUGUCAUUGUGGAUCUGAACUAUCUUCCAUCGUUCAAGGAGGUUCCUGAUGACAUCGCCAUACCUGCCUUUUGGGAUGCUAUCAAGUCAAAGUUCGAGUCAAGGAGAGGAUAGGAAAAAUGAAAAUUUCGUAUAAAUUUUCUUCCUUAAAGAAUUGUAAGCUAGAAUCAAAGAGAUUACGGCCGGCUCGAUGUUCCUUUCUGAUUGAUAGUGACAACAAAGAACAGUUCUUCGAUAUUCCUUUCUUUUAGCUGCAUCUUUAGUGAUAGUAAUGCUGCGUUUGAAUUGUUAGUGUGAUUUUAGAAUCAUGAUUUUGAUUUUAAUUUUGAUUUUGAUUGUGGAAAAA